ACACACACACACACACACUCGAGAUCGUUUACAUGUCUGCUUUAAAAUUACAACAUUUGCAGUUCACAUCAUUUUAUGCCAUGAUUGUUGUUCACUACUCUGCUUUAGAUUCGACUGUAGUGUUUUACUGAAGUGUUUGUGUGCGCGCGCGUUUGUGCGUGUGUGUGCGCAUGCGCGAGCUCCUGUCAGACUCAACGGACGCACAGAAUAUUCACUUUCCUUAAUUUUUAAUGGAUAAUUAAUUAUUUACUUAUGAAAAUAUUUCAUAAUUCGCAUGAUUUCUGUUACAGUCAUGAUCAGUUAAAGUGCUGUGACUGAAGCAUAUUCAUUAGCACAUAAAGUAAAAAAAAAACAUCAUAUUCAUCACCGAGAGCAUCAUUUGGUGAAACACGCUGAUGAUGGUGAAUUAUUUCUGUUGCUGAUGUCUGAUUUAUUCAUAAUGUUGGUUGAAUCUGUAGGGGGCGUGGCUUUAAGAAACACCCUGAUGAUGUCAUGCAGUGAACUAGCGCUCAUUUUCUGACCCCACCCACAUAUACUAUGAGCAGUGUCUCGUUGGCCAAUGAGAGCCGGAGUUUUGAUGAUGAGGGCGGGGAUGUUGUUUUAUUACAUGGCCACUCCCCCAUCAGUGCCCCGCCCCCGGCUCCUCCCCUUCCUCCGCCCCUACCUGUGGAAAACUCUGUGGAGAGGAAGAGGAGGGUGAGGAGCUUCUAUUGGAAACCGAUUCCUGAAGAUCGCGUCAAACAGCAUGACGGGCCGAACCUGUGGACUCUCGGACGGCAGAGCAGGGAGCCGGCGUUCCACAUCGACAUCAGAGCCAUCGAGGAGCUGUUCGGACAACACCAGGACACUCCGACUCCCACUGCGACCGGCGGGAAGACUGUCGGACGAGCUUCUGUGAGAGAUCUCAGACCGCAGAUCAGCAUCCUGGACUCCAAGAGAAGCUUGAAUAUCGCCAUUUUCCUUAAACACUUCAAAAAAUCCAGUGAGAGUCUUCUGGACAAUGUUCUUCAUGGACACACGGGCGUCUUCAGUGUGGAGUCUCUCCGAGAGCUGCUGAAGCUCCUGCCGGAGGAGGACGAGGUGAAGAAGCUACAGGCGUUCAGCGGGAACCCCAAAGACCUGCCGCCGCCCGAUGCCUUCGUACUCCAGCUCAUUCAUUUACCCAGGUAUGAGGUGCGUCUCAAGGCUCUGCUGCUAAAGGAAGAGUUUUUCCCUUCAUACACAGCCAUGAAGCACGACAUCGCCAUUGUCCUGACCGCCAUUAACGAGCUGCUGAACUGUGAGGAGCUUCACGAUGUCCUUCAUUUAGUGCUGCAAGCUGGGAACAUCAUGAACGCUGGUGGGUCUGCCGGUAAUGCCGUGGGCUUCAGACUCUCCUCUCUGCCGUCUCUGGCCGACACUAAAGCCAACAAACCUGGAAUGAACCUGCUGCACUUUGUCGCUCUGGAGGCUCAGAAGAAAGAUCUGCUCAUGUUUCCAGAGAAACUUCUGCAUGUUCAGCAAGCGGCUCGAGUGUGUGUUGACAGCAUCCAUACAGAGUUUCAUUCUCUGAGCAGAAGAGUUGAUGAUUUAGAGCAGCACAUCCACACAGAUGAAGAGCUCCUGACGCAGCUGCAGUCCUUCCUGAAGAGCACUGCUGAAGCUCUGGAGGAUUUGAGGAUCAGGAUUGAUGAGCUUCACAGGGAAGGAGACGCUCUGAUCGAUUUCUUCUGCGAAGACAAAGACAUCUUCAAACUGGACGAGUGCUUCAGAAUUUUCCAGAAUUUCUGCUCCAAAUUCAAAAAAGCAGUUCAGGAGAACGUGGAGCGAGGAAUGUGGGAGGAGUCUCGGCGCAAGCGUCUGAAGGAGUCGGAGGACAAGCGUCACUCGUGGGCGGGGCACGAGGGUGUGGGCGGGGUCUUCGGCUUGCGGUCCAAUAGCGAAGCAGACGUGGAGGUGGCGUUAAAGAGGGAGGGGCUUCUAGAGCUGCUGACGACGAGCCCUCACAGUUCGCCGCUGCGCUUCAGCAGUUCUCGUCGCUCACGGCAACAGAAGAACAUGACCUUUGACCCUUGUGGAGCGGAUGUACUUCCUCCUAUACACUCACUCUCCAUUGAGCACAACAGCAUCAUGACAGAAGAGCCAGAGAUACAAAAUAAGAGUCUUUCCAUAGAGGAACCACAGAAUAACGAGCAAACACAAUACAGAAAUACAGAAGUGACCCCAAACGUGACCUUUGACCCUUCUCAAACAGAUUUAGAGGUGAUGAAUGACAAUCGUAAAGAAUCAGAGAACACAACUAAAGAUAACGUCAAGCCUACAAGUGAAAGCGCCGAAGCAACACAAUCGAUCCAGACAAACAGCAAACGAGCCGUCGGCUCUAAAAACAGACCAUCGCCUUCAUCUUCCACUAAACCAUCUUCAUCUUCAUCAUCAUCAUCAUGUUUGAGGAAGGUUGUUCCUCUCAGGACGCAGAUUCCCGCCAAGAAAACACAAGCGGUCCGGCCGCCGCCGCAGGAGAAGAUGUGUCGCGCUACACUCGACCGCCACAGCCCUCGAACCUCUGCACGCGACUCCACCAUCAAACCUCCCGGCUUCGCUCGCAACACCGUGGCGUCCGCAACACGCAACACCAUCGCUCCUGGAAACCAGCCGAAGGCCGCACCAAAACCGCCUCCGGUGACGCAGACGCCGCCGCUCAGGCUCUCGCAGACCCCUGCUGGCCGUCUGAGGAAGAGCAGCUCCGCCGUCUCGGAAAACUCUGUGUUCAUUCGCGGGUCACGUGAUAAAACGGUCAAACCCGUCUGGAGGUAGAGAAAGGGGAAGAAUAGCGCUAAUGCUAGCUUGAUAUUAUUACCUGAUUUAUGAUGGAAAAUGAUUCUCUCAGCUCAUAAGUUUGGGGUUUAUAAUGUUUUUGAGUCUCUUCCUGCAUUUUUUUUGAUCAAAAAUACAGUUAAAAUGUGAAAUAAUAUUAUAAUUUAAAAUAUCUGUUUUCUUUGUACCAAAACUGAAUUUUCAGCAUCAUGAUGAUUUGCUGAUCAAGAAACAUUUAUGAUCUAUAUCUAAAUCAUGCUAGCAAAAUGCUAAAUCAUGCUAACAACAUGCUAAAUAAUGCUAGAAAUAUGUUGAAUCAUGUUAACAAAAUGCUAAAUCAUGCUAGCAACAUCUUAAAUCAUGCUAGCAAACAUGCUAAGUCUUGUUAGCAACAUCUUAAAUCAUGCUAGCAACAUGUUAAAUAAUGCUAACAACAUGAUAAAUCAUGCUAGCAACAUGUUAAAUCAUGCUAACAACAUGCUAAAUAAUGCUAGAAAUAUGUUGAAUCAUGUUAACAUGCUAAAUAAUGCUAGAAAUAUGUUGAAUCACGUUAGCAAAAUGCUAAAUCAUAAUGCUAGCAACAUGUUAAAUAAUGCUAGCAACAUGCUAAGUCUUGUUAGAAACAUCUUAAAUAAUGCUAGCAACAUGUUAAAUAAUGCUAGCAACAUGCUAAAUAAUGCUAGCAACAUGUUAAAUCAUGCUAACAACCUGUUAA